AUGGACAGAGAAGAACAAGAAAGCCAGCAAAGAAUAUCAGAGUCUGAGGAAUACCCAAUCUUCGAUAAAUUGUUGAGGAUCAAGCAGCGACUUAUGGUAUUGAAAAAGCACGAAAAGAUGGCACCACAGGAUAUUUUGGUCUUGCAAGGAGAGUUUGAAAACACAAUUACAGAGCUGAUUCAGAUACGAGGAGGUGUGCUGUUUAAAGAGAACCAUGUCAACAAUCGAACAGACGAUGAGCUGCAUAAAGUCUGUCAGCUCAUGAGCCUGUGCUUCAUGACGAUAGGAAAAUGGCAUGAAAGCCCUGCUAUCUUUUGUCAAGUCAUUGCCAUCAAGAACUGCUUUUAUCAGCUGGAACAAAUUGGCAUUUACGACGAGCACACCCUUCAACCCUACGGCAAAAAGCUACAACAACUGGAAAGCCUAUUGACAGAAGAUGAACAAAAUUGCGCAUUGCCUCCACCUAUAUUGGAAUUGAUUCGUUACAAUUACUCCGUGUGUAAACGCAUUUACGAUAAGCUAUUAUCGUUGAUCCGUGACAUGUCCCCAACUCUAAUUCCCAUUAGAAGCAAAUUACUGGAGAUUCGAGGGCAACUGAUCAAAGUUGCAUUCCAGAGAGACUAUAAUGAAGAAGACAUCCUCCCAAUCCAAGAAGAAUUACUGAAAAUCGACAAUGUACGAGGCAGAACUGGUAUAUUUCUGAAAAAUAAGGCAGAGCAGGAUGUGUUACCUUUCCUUGGUCAAGGCACUCUGGUGGAUAUGCUGGAAAAGAAUUUCAGUGCUUGUCAUGAUCUGCUGAUUUUGGAUAACCAGCCUAUAGUCGAGUCCGUUCGCCAACGCUUGAUUGACAUUCGAUCUGACUUGGAAGGCAUUGAAAUAACCAGUAAAUGGAGCCUAAGGCAAACGGAUCUCUUUACUUAUCAGUUGCAGCUGCAUGAUGUGGCACGCAUGUUGUAUAAAGAGGAUGAAUUUGAAGGCGAGGAAGGUCGAAGCAUGCUUUCUAAUUUGUUGGCUGCGUGCUAUAACAUCAUUCUCAACUUGCUUGGUGAUGGCCCUUCCGUUGCAGAGUCCUUGUUACCAAUUUACCAUCAACUAAACACAUUGCGUGAUUGCCUAAAGAGAUUACUAUCACUUCAUUGCAAGCUUUCAGAUGACGAAAAGAUGCUUUAUGCAUUGAAACUGAGGAGUAUAGACAUGAAGCGCGAAAAUGGGAGUUUUCAUGAUGAGGAUGGACUUAUACCAGAAGGGCAAAGUAAAUGUGUGUUUGCUCUAGAAGAAUGCUACAGACUGAUUCAAGAAUUGAAUAAAUUUGACGAUGAAGAUGAUGGAGAAGAGGGCAGUAGCAGCAGUAGUCAUAGUGAUACAAUAUCGCUUUACCUCAACAUUUUAUACAAUGGAAUCCAUCCAAGAAGGGUGGCUCUUUCUCCUCAUCUUACCACCGCUCUUGGCGAUGUUCAACGUGCCACGGUUGACCUUGGCAGCCCGCCUGGUACCUUGAUGCCCUCUUUUCUUAGCCAUGCUGGUGCUCGCUAUCCAACUACUAAUGCGGUUGAGAUCAAUAAUUUCUAUGAGCUACAAACUAAAGUCCCUGGAUUUGACAAGAAAGAUGUCCAAGUGGAGGUCCCUGAUAACCAUACAAUCGUAUUGAAAGGCUCUACGGAGCAAAAACAAGAAGCUACUGAGGGUAUUACUCAACGAGUAGUUGCAACUGCUAUCGACAAGGAAAAGCAAGUAGCCUAA